GGGCGGCGGCGUUUCUCUGGCCAUGGGAGCCUUUGGGCGCCCGUUCCGCUCCAACAGCGGCACCAGCAGCGCACAAGGGCGCACCGGCUUGGCGAGAGGAGGGCUGGAGAACGAGGUGGGAGCCCUCCCCACGCAUCAGUCGGCCGGGCUGCGAGCCGCGACGCCCGGGAGCCUGCAGAGUCGGCCAGCCCGGAACGCAUGGGAGCAACUGGCCAGGCAGCUCUGAAGCCCAGCGCCGGAGCCGGGAGCGCCAUGCCGCCGGUUUAGUUCCUUCGAGCCAGUCUCCGAGCCCAGGCGAGGAGGGGGAAGAGGAAGAAGAGGAGGAGGAGGAGGAAGAAGAAGAAGAAGAAGCGGGCCAACUGCUGGGAUGAGCGCCGCGGCCGCCACCGGGGUCUUCGUGUUAUCCCUCUGCGCCAUCCCCGUCACCUACCUCUUCAACGCUUCGGCUGCCACCGGCAGCUCUUGGGUCAUUGUAAUAGCUGGAUUGUUAAUUCUGGUCUUGGUGGGCUUGGCAGCUCGGUUUCUAGUGAAAAGGAGACCACCAAGUGAUCCACUUUUCUAUGUUUACGCCGUGUUCGCUUUUACCAGCAUCGUGAAUCUAAUCAUUGGGCUGGAACACGAUGGGAUAAUUGAUGGAUUCAUGACUUAUUACUUGAAAGAGGGUGAACCUUAUCUGAACACCGCUUACAGCCACAUGAUUUGCUACUGGGAUGGCUCCAUUCAUUAUCUGAUGUAUCUUCUGAUGGUCGCAGCCAUUGCCUGGGAGGAAAAUUAUCGGAUGAUUGGCUUGUACUGGCUGGGAUCCAUCACAAUGAGCAUAAUUGUCUUUAUCCCCGGAAAUAUUGUGGGAAAAUAUGGAACAAGAAUGUGUCCCGUAUCUUUGUUAAGCGUGCCGUAUAUUUGCCUCCCAAUAUGGGCUGGUUUCAAAAUCUAUAAUCAACCACCAGUAGCUGCCAAUUUUCCAGCAAAGAUCAUUAAAGAAGUUCAGAAGCAGAAUCUUCUGAGAAGACCGGUCGACUUUCUCUUGGCUUCCUAUUUCAUUUUUGCAACAGGAUUUUGCCUCUUCAGGGGCAUGAUUGUUUUGGACUGUCCAGGUGAACUGUGUCGACUUUACAGCCAACUUCAUGAGCCAUACCUCAAGGACCCUGCUGCCUAUCCAAAGCUUCAGAUGUUGGUCUAUAUGUUCUACUCAGUGCCAUACUACAUAAUUUCACUCUAUGGUCUGCUUGUACCUGGGUGCACCUGGAUGCCCGAUUUAACUCUUAUUCAUGCUGGAGGACUAGCUCAGGCUCAGUUCUCACACAUUGGUGCUUCCAUACAUGCCAGAACGCCCUACAUCUACAGAGUCCCCGAUGAAGGGAAGCUGUGGUUUUUCAUUCUCAAUGUGAUCCAUGGAGUCCUCCCGCAGCUGUUUGUGUAUCGCUGUAUCCGCAGCCCUGAGUUUUUCAUGAAAGCCCAGCUGGAAGAGAAGGUGGACUAAGAAGAUGGCUUCAAAACUGGUGGGGUCUUGCAAGGAAGGGGUUGCCAGUUGUAACAAAGGUGUACUGAAAAUAAAAGACUUCUGUCUUUCACAGUAUUUCUCAAGAGCUUGCUUCCAGAUUCUGUGGGAAUCUCUUUCUCCAAAUAGAAUCGGUUUAGUUUGGGACUCACCCCGUGAGGUAGUGAUGGGGGGGUGAUGUUUAAACCACUCAAGAAAGCAGCUCCUUCGCUCCCCCAGGCAACUAACGCUUCUGGUGUUGUCCGAACUCUUGUUAAUAAAACUCCCUCAUCCAUUUUUCUCUCUAAUUAUUCUCCCUCUGUACCAAUUUCAUUUUCAACCACACAAGUGAUUU